UUUUUAAUUUGCCUUAAUAUAAAUAGAAUUGUAUAAACAAACUCUUUAUGAUGAUCAUAUUCUACAUUCAGAAAAUGAAAUGAAUGAAUGGUGGAAAGUAUAGGGAGAGAAGCAAUGGACAGAAAAUAAUGUUUGGAGAGGAAAUGGUGGGGAAACAUGCAUGUAUAUAAUGAAAGGAUGGAGGUGGGAUUGUGAUUGAAAGGAGAGAAAAAGGUGGUUAUUGAUAAGCGUAAUGUAUAGAAUAGGUAAUGGUCUUUGGCCGUUCUUUGCAUAGGGUCUCCUUGAAUAUCUGCAGUGAUCUUGAGGAGGUCUUUUCCUAUCCCUUCCGACACACUUGUUUCGAUAACAAGGAGAAGAAGAAGAAGAAGAAGCCGAGGAAAGGAGGAGGAUCGCGAGGGAAACCGACCGGAUCAAGCAAGGGCGGCGUCGUUGAAGCCAGGCUCGUCAGCCUCAUGGACGUUUUGGGACUCAUCCGCAUCAGGGUGCGCCGCGGCAUCAACCUGGCUGUCCGCGACACCCUCAGCAGCGACCCCUACUGCGUCGUCUCCUGCUCCAACCAGAAGGUCAAGACUAAGGUCGUCAGGGGCAACUGCAAUCCCAUCUGGAACGAGGAGCUCACUAUCUACAUCAAGGAUUUCGAUUCUCCCAUUGUGCUGAAUGUGUACGACAAGGACACGUUCACGGUGGAUGACAGCAUGGGGUGCGCGCACAUAGACAUAGAGCCUCUAAUAAAGUGUCUGAGGAUGGGGCUGUCGAGCCUCCCCGAGGGGACAAAGGUGGAGAGGGUGCACCCAACGAAGGAGAACUGCCUGGCCGAGGAGAGCACGAUUGUGUGGAACAAAGGCGGGAAGAUGACACAAGACAUGAUCCUCAGACUCAACGAGGUCGAAUGCGGCAAAGUCCAAAUACAGAUCGAAUGGAUCGAGAUUCCUGGCUGCAAAGGCCUCCAUGCCUAAUCCAAUAUCACUAUUUUAGCUCAUUACAUAAUUUCCAGUUUUUUCCUCACAUUUUCCACACAAUUGCAUAUGAUUAAUAUAUAUAAUGUCUAAUUUACAAUUCUGAUA